ACCAUGUUGGGAAAAUAUGGACCGAAUUGUUAAAUUUACAUAGAAAAUGUUUUGAUCAGACAAAUCCAUGGGUUUACACAACCCAGCAAUUAAACCAUAUUGCCCAACCAUAAACCGAAGGAAUCCAUCAUUUUAAGAUGGCUAUAAAACAAUAAUACCACAAAAAUGAAAAUAUUAUUUUCAGCGUCACUUUUUAAACAUGCCCAAGGUAGUGCCAUUAAAACAUGGAUAAGGAUAGCCGUUCUCCAUGUAGAUUUAACAUCUAAUGCUUUGCCUUACAUGCACAUUCAUGUCUGUUUUGUAGUGUCUCCUUUAUCUGUCAUAUGCUUAGAACACUGUUCACAUCAUCCGUUCAUUUCCUUUAAAUUUUAUUGAAGAAAAUAAUGGUGACUCUUUCUAAAAUCUGCGCACUAGAGGAGGGAUAUUGGGAGCGCGCGGCUGAUUGUGACGUCACCAGGCGCACUUGGUUCGACUUCUCGGCGAAAGCGCGAGGCGAGCUGUGUGGCACAGAGAGUGGAGAGAGCGCGCUGAGAAAUAAUAUCCUACAGGAUCUCGUGAUGUGCAAAGAGACAGAUGAGAGACAUCGACCACCUUAGUUUCGUGGAGAUAUCCAAAACGCAUCUUUACAAAGUAAAGAAAGUAACCACAACUGUGACAAUAUGGAAAACAUCACGAGCAUAUCGGACCCAAAUCCAACAUGCAACUUCAGCAUGGACUUAUAUUACAACUCUCCUAAUCGGAGUGAUCUGAACUGCACCCCUCCAGCUGACUACUUCUUUUACGCGGACCUCUAUGUGGUCCUGCCGGUCAUUUACUCCGUGAUAUGUGCCGUAGGUUUGACGGGCAACACGGCGGUCAUCUAUGUGAUCCUCAAAGCGCCCAAAAUGAAGACCGUGACCAACAUGUUCAUUCUCAACCUGGCGAUCGCCGAUGACCUCUUCACUCUAGUGUUGCCCAUCAACAUAGCCGAGCACCUUUUACACUACUGGCCAUUCGGCGACGUACUUUGCAAAAUCAUUUUAAGCAUUGACCACUAUAACAUCUUCUCGAGCAUCUACUUUCUCACUGUUAUGAGCAUAGACAGAUACCUGGUGGUGCUGGCGACGGUGCGCUCCAAGCGCAUGCCGUACCGCACAUACCGGGCAGCAAAGAUAGUCAGCCUGUGCGUGUGGCUCCUUGUGAUCCUCAUCGUCAUCCCCUUCACAGUUUUCGCAGGAGUGUACAUCAGUCCCGAAAGGAAAAGCUGCGUGCUGAGUUUCCCCAGUCCUGAAAGUUUCUGGUUCAAAGCGAGCCGGAUUUACACCCUCAUUUUGGGCUUUGCCAUUCCGGUGUCCACCAUUUGCAUCCUUUACACCAUGAUGCUGUACAAAUUAAGAAACAUGCGGCUGAACACAAACGCCAAAGCACUGGACAAAGCGAAGAAAAAGGUGACUAUAAUGGUGUUCAUCGUACUGGCCGUGUGUCUGUUCUGCUGGACGCCUUUUCAUCUCAGCACCAUCGUAGCGCUGACCACGGAUCUGCGGACCACACCGCUUCUCAUCGGGAUCUCGUAUUUCAUCACCAGCCUGAGCUACGCCAAUUCCUGCUUAAAUCCAUUCCUGUAUGCCUUCCUGGACGACAGCUUCAGAAAAGCUUUUAGGAAGAUGUUAGAAUGUAGACCUGCUUGAAUGUCAGUGUUUUUAAAUUACAGCUAUCCCACAUGUAAAAUACUGUAGUAUACUUUAGCAUUUACUAAAGUAAAUUGUUGUAUGCAGUAAUUAGCCUACUUGUCAAUACUACAGGAAUUGAUAAACUGUGAAAAAUACUAUAGCAUACUUUAUUAUUUAGUAUGGUAAUGUUCAAAGCACUAUUGGAACUUUACUACAGUUCACUAUAGUAAAUACUAAAGUAUCCUAUAUUUUGUCAUUUGGAUUAGCCUAACAGACUAUUGCAGUGUCUUAAAACCUAGUGAGCAACUCCUGUAGACACUAGACAAGUUCACUAGAAUCAUUGUGUCUGCUACUUAAUUUUAAAGGAGUAUUGACAAUAACAGGAUGUGUUUUCCAAACAGUGCAUUCAAAAGUAAGCGUUUGUCUCCCUCUUGUGUUUUUCAAGCGCCUGUGCUUUCUAUAUAAUGAAAUAACGGGACUAAAAUCUUGUAGCAUCUUAAAAACACAACUGUCUGCAAAAAGGCUUGAACUUUUAGUAAUACAUUACUAAAACUAAAAUUACUCUAUAAAAAUAAAGGUUCCUAAAAGGUUCUUUGUUGGGUUGUAUGGUUAAACAAAGAACCUUUAACUUUCUGAUGCACAAAAGAUUAUUUUGUUUUAAGAUGAUAAAAAGUAAGAAAGAAAUGGUUCUUUAAAGAACAUUUGACUAUAUAUGGAUUUUUGGCGAACAGAAAUUGGUUCUCCCAUAGCAUCGCUGUGAAGAACUUUUAUUUUAUUUUAAGAGUGUUGCUGACAUCACAUGUUUAAGCAAAGGUUAAUUAGUAUGUACUGUAUAUAUAUUUGUAUAAGCCUGCUUUUGUCACAUGAAACAUCAUUAGUUUAAUAGCAAAUCUGAGAAUUGUUUAAACAUGUGGCUUAUUUUGUUAAAAUGAAUGAAUAUAAUAAAAAAAAAAAAAACAUUAUGCUUGUGUUUAUCAAUAGAUGCUGAUCUUAAAAUACUUUAAUACACUAAAAUGCUAUGAAAAAAACUGCUUGCUGGGAUGCAAACUUGUUAUCAUGCAGAUCAAAAUGAUGCAUACAUUAGG